AUGAAGGUACUUGAAAAGUCAACAAAGCACAACACUCCAAAAAAACACAAAACAUUUCAACAUUACCUUCCAAUAGGCGAUCGAUGUUAUAGUUGUGUUCACUGUCGCGCCAAUCUUGCAUCUCAUUCCGAAUUGAUUUCUAAGUCAUUUCAAGGAAGUCAAGGAAAAGCUUACUUGUUCAAUUCAGUUGUCAACGUUGGAUGUGGACCAGCAGAAGAACGAGUGUUACUGACGGGUCUCCAUGCUGUGGCUGACAUUUUUUGCGAAAUAUGCAAAACUACUUUAGGAUGGAAAUAUGAGCACGCAUUCGAGUCAAGUCAGAAAUACAAAGAAGGAAAGUACAUAAUUGAAUUGGCACACAUGGUAAAAGACAAUGGUUGGGAUGAGAAGAAUUAA